ACUGUUCCCCACCAUCUGAUGCAUAAGAGCUGACACGGACGGCGACCAUGCGGACGUGCGCUGACCGACUCGGUCACGGAGUAAAUGCUUGUCCUGUCACCGAAGUCCUCGAUUGUUGGCCUCGAUGAUUGGGCCCUGGUGCCUUGCAGCACUCCGCUCCGUCGAAGCAGCGACGACUCACUGACUCGGACCCAAUGGUGAACGGGAUCGGGCGCCACCCCCGACAUCGGCGACUUUGGUGGGGGAGCCAAGCAGCCAAGUCCCCGCUGCACCUCAGUUCAGUAUCGAUAACCCGCCGCACGUGGUGCAUGGUCUCAUCGGACCCGGUGCGACCAGAUUAUGGCGUUGACGAGGUGCCCAUGUGACUAGCUGGUGGAGUUAUCCGACGAGCUCGCUGCAUCGAAGAGUCUGGAGAGAGAA